CCUCCCUCCAUCCUCCCCCUUAAAUCUCCUGAAAACGACGCCGUUACAUUCACUCCAACUUUAUCUUCUGAUUUGAUCAUCUUUUUGUUAGUAUCCUCCUCCAUGCGAAUUCAAUUAGGUUUAAACUGAAUCGAUAAAAAAAAUGGUCCAGAAGAAAAAAACCCCCGCUUCACCUCCUCCUCCCCCCACCUUAAACGACACCGUAUCCGAUUCAUCCACCAUCAAACUCGAAUGCGACAAGGCGCUAACCUCCUUCCGCCGCGGAAGCUACACAAAAGCGAUUCGUCUCAUGAAAGAAUCUUCCACACGCCACAGCCACUCCGCCCUAAUCCACCGCGUCCAAGGCACAAUCUGCGUCAAAGUCGCCUCGGUCUACGAAGAUCCCUCCACCAAACAGAAAUACCUCCGCAGCGCGAUCGAAUCCGCUAAAAAAGCCGUUGAGCUGUCCCCGAACUCGAUCGAGUUCGCGCAUUUCUACGCGAAUCUGUUGUACGAGGCGGCGAACGAGGCGAGGGAGUACGAGGAGGUGGUUCAGGAGUGUCACCGAGCUCUCUCGAUCGAGAAUCCGAUCGAUCCGGCGAGGGAUAGUCUCCAGGUGGAGGCUCAGGAGAAGGUGUUGACGGCGGAGGCGAGGAUUGGGAACGUGCAGGAGGAGCUUAGGUCGUUGAUCCAGAAAUCGAAUCUCGGCACGUUGUCUACUUGGGUGAAGCAUUUGGGGAACGGUGAGGAGAAGCUUAGGUUUUUCCCGUUUAGGAGAGUGGUUGAGGAUCCUAUUGAGAGUAGUUUGGUUCAGAGUAGGAGGCCUAAUGAGAUUAAGAAAGCUAAUAAGAGUCCUGAAGAGAGGAGGAAGGAGAUUGAAGUUAGGGUUGCUGCUGCGAGGCUGUUGCAGCAGAAGUCUGAGUCUAAGGUGGGGGAUAGUGUAGAGGAGAAGGGAGCGGAUUUGGUGGUUGGUUCGGGGCAGAGAAGUGGGGAGAGGAGGAAGCAUGGGAAUGUGAGGAAGAACGGGCAAGAGAGGAGGGAUAGGGUUAGGUUGUAUUGGGAGUCUAUGAGUGAAGAGGUGAAGAGAGGUUUGCUUAGAGUUAAGGUUAGUGAUUUGAAGAGUCAUUUCAGUGGUUCAAAGGAUGGGAAUGUGAAUGAUGUGAUAAGUGAAGCUUUGUCGUUUUGUGAGGCGAAUAAGACUUGGAGGUUUUGGGUUUGUUAUAAGUGUAGUGAGAAGUUCGUGGAUUGUAAGGCUCAUGUGCAGCAUAUUGUACAGGAGCAUAUUGGUAUCGUGUUGCCUAAGAUGCAAAUGGUUUUGCCUGAGAGUCUCAACAGUGAGAGGAUUGAAAUGCUUCUUAGUUCCCCGUGGAAACCAUUGGAUUUCCCUGCUGCGGCGAAGCAAACAAUCCAAAAUACUGAGUUUGAUGAGAUUCACUCUGGAGAUUAUAUGGAAGAUGGUGACUGCUACUUCCAGGAUGCAUGGAAUGAUACUUCACCAGAGAAAGAAAACCUUGGAGAUGCUUGCAACCGUUGUGAUGAGAAUGAGCUUGAACAUCUUCCUGAUGAAUGGCCGAUAUCUGAUGAUCCUGAACGUACAAAGCUCCUUGUAAAAAUCCGUGUAGCGUUUGAGCUACUUAUCAGGCACAAUUAUUUAGCUGCCAGCCAUUACGAUAAGGUGAUACAGUUUACUGUGGAUGAACUCCGGAAUGUACCGUCGGGCUCACAGUUUGUAAAUCGUGGUUUGGGUCAGUCUCCUACGUGCAUACGCUUCUUGGGAGCUACCCAGCUCAGCAAAAUUCUUAAAUUCCUGCAAGACUUGUCACAGACUUUUGGGUUGAGUCGAUAUUCAGAACAAAGUAACCCCAAAGAUGAUGCUAAUAAUUUUGGCGACCUGGGUCUUGAAGUUACAGAGGAGAUUCGUCUUGAUGGUGAAGAUUUAUGUCUUCUUCUGGAUGAAAAAUUGCUUGGCACUGAGUGCAUCCAAGAGAAGUAUAUGGGCUCAGCAUUGAACAAUGGAACUAUAGCUUGUUCUGGGGAGGAUGGAUUUCUUUCAUGGAUCUUCUCAGGACCCUCUAGCGAGGAACAAACUGAGUCAUGGAUGCGCACAAAGGAAGAGAAGACAAAUAAAGGAGUGAAGAUCAUGGAGAUUCUUGAGAAGGAAUUCUGUCACUUGCAGAACCUCUGCGAGAAAAAACGCGAGCACUUAAGCUACGAGGGAGCAUUGCAGACUGUUGAGGACCUUUGUCUUGAAGAAGCCCGGAAGAGAGAGACUUCAGCAGAGUUUACCCAUGAAAGCUAUGGAUCUGUGCUGAGAAGACGAAGAGAAGAGCUAAAUGAAAGUGGCAAUGCAUUUUUUAUCAGUAGUAGGGUUGAGUCAGAGGCUAUAGCAAAUGUUUUGAAAGACGCUGACUCUCUUGACCACAAUCAAUUUGGAUAUGAAGAAUCAUAUGCCUGCACGGAUUCUCAGCUACGUGAUUUGGAAUCUGGGGAAGCUGAUGUAUGGGGGAUGAAAGAUUCCUUUACCGAGGCUGACAGUUUUAUAGAGAUUGCCAUCCAGAAACAAAAGGAGCAGUUGUCUGCAGAGCUUAACAGAAUCGAUGCGCAAAUGAUGCGCAGUGUUACUGGGGUGCAGCAAUCAGAGGUAAAGCUUGGACCUGUUUCCUCCAAUGAUUAUCAGAUAGUACUGUUACCGUUGGUGAAGUCCUACAUGCGGGCACAUUUGGAGGAAUUGGCAGAGAAAUAUGCCACUGAGAAGGCUGAUGCUGCAAGCGAAGCAUUUCUCGUUGAGCUCGCUCUUGAUUCUAAGAAGGAGGUCCGAGGAAGAAAUGAUAAUUCGAAACACACACAGGAAAAGUCCAAGGAUAAGAAAAAGAAUAAAGACAUGAAGAAACUUAAGGCUUCUAUUGGGAACGACUAUCGCUUCAACAGUGAUUCAACUGAACACAGCCUCCCCCCGCUUGCAUUUUCUGGUGAUCCCUCCGAGGCUGACGUUCCUGAAACUUUAAAAGAAGAGGAAGAUGAAGAGGAAUACAGACACCGAAUGGAGCUAGCGCUAGAGGAGAUAAAGCUUGAAGAAACUCUAGAGUAUCAAAGAAAAAUUGAGAAUGAAGCUAAGGAGAAGCAUAUUGCAGAACAACAAAAGAAAGGCAGCUCUUUAGUUCCAAUGAAUGUUGCAGAGACAGCGUAUGAUGUUUGCAGAGAUAACGUCGUUGAUGAUUUAGAGUUACAAGAACAAGAAAAAUCCAUAAGUCAGAAGAACUUGGUUCAAAGAAAUGGUCUACCUCAUGACUUGGAUGGAAGCCGAGUGAAUGCAAAUGGUGUUUUUCCCUCAACAAAUCAUGGUGCGAUAUCUGAUGCUGCAGUGGUUCAGGAUGUUAAAUCCCAAAAAGUAGUGACUAAUGGCGUAGCUACUCAAGCUGGUGUUUUCCAAUCUGAUCAACGCACUGGGAGAAGGGGUAGACGGCAGAAAGCUUCUAACAAGUUAGUUGGACCUUCUGAGAGCAUAAAUAGUGAAUCUCAUAGGUCAGACACCGACAAGGAGAGACAAUCUGAAACUUUACGCAGCAAUGGUGAUGCAGGAACAAAGACACUAAGACAACUACAAGCUGAAGAGGAUGAAGAAGAAAAGUUUCAAGCUGACCUUAAAAAGGCAGUGCUUCAAAGCCUUGAUGCGUACCAAGGAGGUAGAGAUUUGACGUCACGUCCGAGGACAGCUCUGGAAGUAAACAUGGAUGGGGUUUCUGAUGUCACAAAGGAGUCUCUGAGCUCGACCGAAGUUGGCAUAUUUGGCACAGGCCUUCAGAAUGAAGUUGGGGAAUACAAUUGCUUUUUGAAUGUUAUCAUACAGUCUCUGUGGAAUCUGGGGAUGUUUCGGGAUGAGUUCUUGCGGAGUUCAACACUGGAGCACCAUCACGUGGGGGAUCCUUGUGUUGUAUGCUCCUUGUACGAAAUUUUUACUGCUUUAAGCGCUGCUUCGAGGGAAGAACGAAAAGAACCCGUGACUCCUUCAUCUCUCAGGAUUGCAUUGAGUAACUUGUAUCCAGAUAGCAGUUUCUUCCAAGAGGCUCAGAUGAACGAUGCUUCAGAAGUAUUGGCUGUGAUUUUCGACUGCCUACAUCGCUCAUUCGCUCAAAGCUCUAGCGUGUCUGACACAGAAUCUUCUGAGAGCAAUUGUACUGGUUCAUGGGACUGUGCCAACCGCACAUGCAUUGCCCAUUCUCUGUUUGGAAUGAAUAUUUUUGAGCAAUUGAAUUGCUUCAAAUGUGGGCUGGAGUCCAGGCAUAUGAAGUACACUUCCUUUUUCCAUAACAUCAAUGCUAGUGCCCUACGGACCAUGAAGGUUACAUGCGCUGAGAAUUCAUUUGACGAACUUUUAAAUCUUGUCGAGAUGAACCACCAAGUAGCCUGUGAUCCUGAAUCUGGUGGGUGUGGGAAACCUAACCAUAUCCACCAUAUUCUCACUACUGCACCACAUGUUUUUACUACAGUUUUAGGGUGGCAAAACACAUGUGAGAGUGUAGAAGACAUAGCAGCGACGCUUGCAGCCUUAAAUACUGAGAUAGACAUUAGUGUCAUAUACCGUGGUCUGGACCCGAAGAGCACAUAUACGCUAGCUUCUGUGGUUUGCUAUUAUGGACAGCAUUAUCAUUGCUUUGCAUAUAGUCAUGAACACGAUCGGUGGAUCAUGUACGAUGACAAAACCGUAAAGGUGAUCGGUAGCUGGAGUGAUGUACUUUCUAUGUGCGAGAGAGGACACUUGCAACCACAGGUUCUUCUCUACGAGAAACGUUAAAUAAAAAAAGCACAAAAAGAAGAAAAAUAGCCAGAGCAAGUGGGGAGAUGUGUUGCUACAGAUUAGGUUGUCUCCCAAGUACAUACUACAAAGGAAGUAAGUACUUUUAUUUUGACAAUUGGAGCGAAAACUGGAGAGGAAGAAAUGUGAUUUUAUUUACUCAUCAGUGGUUAAUUUUAAGAAGAUGGGAAAGAAGAUUUUGUUUUAACGAUUAAGCUCAAGUGUUCUCAUUGCCAGAAGUCUUUACAAGAUCUAAAUGUAGUUUUCUUGGUUAAAUCCUUGUCACAUAAGGAUAUAUGUUCAUAUAAAUCUUUGCAGUCUUCUUUUACUCUUUUUUUUUUUUGGGGGUCAGACAUGUCUAUAGAUCAUGUCAUACUAGGCCCUAUGUCAUACUACUUGAAAAAUACCUUCUCCGUUCUUGCAUGCAAGAGAUAACGAGUUAUAAAAUAAA